AUGAGUGAAUUUGUAGAGAUCAUUUGGUUUGAAUUAGCGAUUAUUAUUUCUGUUACCAAGCUCUACCUUUAUCUCUUUAAUACAGGUAACAACUGCAUUCCCAUUGAGAUGUGUGAGCCAGACAACAGCCACAAGUUGGCCAGCAUGGCUGUCCAGAUCACGGUUUUCAUCAUCGCCUUCCUCCUUGGUGUAAUUGGGAAUAGUUUGGUAAUUGCCACAUUCGCCAAGUAUCUUCGCGUGCGUCUGCGCUGCAUGACCGACGUCUUCCUUUUCUAUCUUGCGAUUUCUGACCUUUUUGUUCUGCUUACUUUGAAACUGGAAACCACCGAAACCAUCCUGGGCUCCUGGGUGCUUGGGAACGAGAUGUGCAAGCUAAACUAUGGCCUCUGUGCCAUUAACACGUACGGUGGCUUGUUGCUGUUAGAAUGCAUAAGCAUCGAUCGUUACAUGCUUGUUGUAUGGGCCAAGGCUGCUCAGGCUUUACGUUCAAGUAUGCUAUGCUACAGUAAGUUGUCUGUGACUGCCGUGGUGGUGACGUCCUUCAUCCUCAGCUUGCCAGAGCUACUGACCACCUCUGUGAAUCCAGAUUCGUUGAGGUGCAAGUACAUAAGGAAUGAUUAUGGCAAUGUGAGGGUAAAGACGUGGUCACGUGUGGCAAAGAUCACAGGAUUUUGUGUGCCAUGCGUUGCCAUGCUGGUGUGUUACAGAGCCAUCGGCCACGUGUUGAUGCAGGGCCGGGGAAAGUGCUUUCGCAAACAGAAAACUCUGCGACUCAUAGUAGCACUGAUUGGGCUCUUCCUGCUGUUCAAACUGCCGUACGCCAUAGUGUUUUCUAUCCGAAUAUUCACGACCAGUUAUACUUGUGAGCUGUGGUCAGGCAUUCACCUGGCAGAGGACAUCACCCGCAGUCUUGCUUAUGUCCGCUGCUGCCUCAACCCUCUGCUCUACGCCCUCGUAGGAGUAAGAUUCCAAAAUGACGUGAUGCGGUUUCUGCGUGAUUGUGGUUGCAUCUGUUCUUGCCUGUAAAACCUGAUACGAAAACUGGAACAUGGAAGCUCAGCGACUCUCUCAUCCCCUCCUCUUACUAUUACUAUGCCCUAUGAUCUUAAUUCACCUAAAUUCUUACUUGAUACUGGCAAAAAUCCUGAAGGUGUGCCUCAAAUAUCAUAUACACCCAACAUAUUUUUCCCUUCUACCUUCCCCGAAUUGCAAAAACCCGUUCUGUACUGUUUAUUCAACUUACCAGUGACCUUUCUAUUUUAAUCAAAUGUUUCUGUUUCUACCCUGAUGUUCAUUAUGUUUCUUUAAAUGUAAGUGUUUUAUAAAAAUCUAACUUGUGUUAUAACAGCUGUAAACAUUCAAUCCUUUAUUAACUUGCAAUGUUACCAAGAAGCAGGAAAGUCCUCUGUCCUGACACUGGAGGCUCCUUCCAUUAAGCUUCAAUGUCACUUUACAGAAAACAUGUAUAUCACUUGUUACUAUAUCUUGUUACAUCCUUGCAGAUGUAAGGACGUAAGAUGUAACAUGAUCCCAGUCCAGUAUGGUCCAGUUCCAGUUGUCCAUGAAGAGAAGGAGUUGAAGAGAACUGCACAUAUGAACUUAAC